UUAUCUCUCACCUUUUGCUUUAGAAAACACAAAACUCUCUAGUUUCUGAUCCUCUGAAAGCUUUCGUUAAACAGAAAUUUUCAGAAUUCAACUUUCGUUACCCUCAAGCUAUCGAGAUUCAGAAGAUAUGGCAGACACUCAUGAUGAGAUGAUAAAGACGAUCGGUAUGAAGACACUGUCUCCAUGGGAACAGAUAAGGUUAAGAUCCUUGACACAAGAGUUUAACUUCGGUAUACUCGGAAAUACAGAACUCACUAGAGAUCUUACAAGGCUAAAAGACAAUCUUCUUGCUCGAAAGAUUGAUGAUGAGAAGCCAGAAGAAAACCCUAUUCUUAAUGAUCCAAAAGUUUUACCCCGUAUAAAGAUUAGGGUUAAACAAAUUGAUAACCCUAAAGAAGAUGUGGAGAGAAAGAAGAAAAGCCAUUUAGAAGCGAAACAGAAGUUGACUGAGUUAUUGAAGGUUAUCGAGAAGAGACUAACUCGGUCGGAAUUGAGAGUUUACACUAACUUGUGUAGAGACUUUAGGUCUCAUAAAAUCGCUUAUAGCGAAUUCGUUACGUCUCUUCUACGUUUGGUCGAGAAAUACAAGAAUCUUUAUCAACGCUUCGUGGAAAUUCCCUACGGUGAUAAAGAAGAUGAGGCUGGAGAAACCCUAACUAGGGUUAAAGUAGAUGAGAACCCGCAAGAAACAGAGUUGGAUAAGAUCAAUUUGGAGGGAAAGAGGAAGAGAAGAAUGUUGCCUCCAAAGGAGUCGAACCAACCUGAGAGACCUCUGAAGAAAAGGAGAACGUCUGAACUGUUGACACCUAACUAUAAGCCAAUCCCCAAGGCAAAACAGAAACCGGUCUCAUCUUCGGUACUAAACAACACUUGUGCUGUGAAAAGAUAUAAUUUCCAGGGAUGUAAGAAUCUAACCGAUAUCGAAGAAGAUAGAUACAAAUGCGAAGAUCAGAUGUUCGAGGCAGAUGUGUUGAUCGGAUAUCUAAGAACUGCAGUGGAGAAUGCGGAGGAUGUUAUGAGGGGAGAGAUGGUAUUGGAAGAUCUUGGACCAAAGUUCUACAGAUGUGUGGAAAUGAUGUAUGGUGGAGAUAUGUUUGAAAUAGUGACAGAAAAUCACCAAAGAGCUUUCCCUGUGAUCUUAAACCGGUUGAAUCAGAAACUGCGUGAGGUCACGGCUCUAAGAGAAAGCUUGAUACCUGUCUGGAAGCAAACUAUUGAAAAACUUUCUAGAAAGCAAAGUGAGUCCAUUGCACAAGACUCUGAAGUGAAGAAAACAAAAAUCUGAAUCUGGUUUUAGAAUGUAAUUUCAAUAGGUUAAUUUGGUGUUGGUUUUUGUUUAGGUAACUUCAGAACAACAGUCUUUUAGGAUAAACUUUGUAGAUUUUAAAUGAUUUUCUUAAUCAAUUUACUAAGUGAUA